UUCUGUCACUUAAAGGUUAUGUCAAAAAUUUAGUGGUUUACAUAACUUUCUACGUUUGGUACUUAGGAAACGACUAGAUCCAGAUUUUCUGCAAGAAUGUUCCGUACAGUGGCCGCGCGCUCCCAAGCGCUUCUCAUCAACGCCCUGAAACCUCAAGCUGCCAGAAACAUAGCCACAUCGUCGAAACUGCUCCACAAAGAGGUCACGGAAACCGACGAGCAAUUCGAUGCGCGUUACGAAAACUUCUUUAAUAGAACGGACAUCGACGGGUGGGACAUCAGACGCGGCAUUACCGAUUUGUGGGGUCACGAUUUAGUACCGGAACCCAGAAUUCUCGUCGCUGCUUUGAAGGCGUGCCGCAGGGUCAAUGAUUUCUCCAUGGCUGUCAGAAUCCUGGAGGCAGUUAAAUCGAAAUGCGGUAAUCGAGCCGACGAGAUUUAUCCUUGGAUAAUCCAGGAAUUGAGGCCCACUUUGACAGAAUUGGGUAUUAACACACCAGAAGAGCUCGGCUAUGACAAGCCAGAGUUGUUUACCCAAUCAGUUUACAACAUGUAAAAUUUGAUUAAGUAAAACAAUUGCAAAAGUGGUACUUGUUAUAAAUAAUUUGUAGUAAAGUCAUUAAAAUAUAAGUCACAACUUUUAUUUCGUUUUCUUGUCACUAAUUGCAUUUUUUACCCUUCAGGAAGAUUUGUUUAAUAAUUGAUUAUUUCGACCAUUUCUAAGUAUGUUUCCAUAAUUACCUUGCUUUUAACCAAUACUACAUUAUCUAUGGUUUGUACCUAAUUGAAACUAACCAAAUUCAUGAUCUGUUGCCCACCAAGGAUGCCUGUUUCAUGCUCCAAUAUUUUGUAAUAGUAAAAAUGUUUUAGUAAUAAUUGAAACUGGUGCUUUUAUUUCACUUUCUUAGAUUAAAAUGUAACUGGUAAGAAUUUAGCUGUUGCAUUUUUAUAGUUGUCCCUUCCCAAUCAAGAUAAGUUAGAGUACCACCUCUCAGUUUUUUAAAUUUGUUGUAAAGUAGUGACAAAUUGGGAGGCUGGAAUGGGAAAUGUUACUGUUCUAGGACAAGG